AUGAGUUAAAAGAAAUAAGAAAUCUCAACUUGGAUAUUGGCUCAUACUUAAUUGGCAUAAGCUUUGGAAGAAGCUUGGUAGGAGUUUUGCAAAUAAAAAAGCCAAGAAGAUGAUUGUAAUGAUGAGCAAGAAAUCAAGAGAUAAUAAUAUGAGAAAGAGAAAAAUAUUGCAUAAAUUGUAUAGGAGGUUUGGGAAGCCACUUUAGAAAGGUUAAAGCAAAAUCAAAAUUAACAUAAAAAUUCCAGGUCCAAUCUUUUUGAUGCUGAAUGUACGAGCUAUAACAUUCAUUAAGAGAAGAAUUUUGGACUCAAAGAUAUCACAAGAUGGAGAUUAUCAUUAAGAGAUUGUAAAUUAGAAUAAAGUAAAAUUGGCAAUGGAAUCGUUGAAAUUCAAGCAUUAGAAUUCAAUGAAGAUCCAAAAAAAAAGAAAAAAUAAAAAUGA